UCCUCAACACCCUCUCAGCAUUCUUCGUGGGGUUGCAGCUUCGAAGCUUCUACGUUGGUCGGUGGUGCUUCUCACUAGCGUCAAAUCCCCGACCCCAGAUUUCGCGACCGCGAUCCGCGCCUCGAAGACACCUUUCCAUCCAGGCAUCCUGAAGGCUGUGUCGCCGCCAUGCCGUCGUUCCCCCAGCUUAAUCCCCUGCGACUCCGCUCAUACAUACUCAGACUGCCGCUAUGUACGCGGGUUCUCCUUUUUGUCAUGGUGGCGCUUUGGGGGGCGACGAUUCCUUUUACCUGGUUGAGGCAGUGGGCGGCAUUGGUGCCGGAUCAAGUGAAUUUGGCGUCUAUGUAUCGUCUGAACACUUUUCCCUUAAUGCACCUGGGUUUCCUGCACAUGAUAUUCAACAUAUUAGCUCUCACGCCUCUUCUCGAGAGAUUUGAAUCGGAAUUUGGGACACUGGUCACGUUGGCGUUGUUUACUGGGCCGUUCGGGACAUUGCCAGGGGGUAUAUACAUACUGUUGGAAAAGGGUAUACUUAGAAGUAACACCACCGUCAUGGGCGCGAGUAUCUGGGUCUUUCUUCUCCUUGCCUCGGAGGCGCUGAAAACGCAUAAAGCGAAUCCAAACUUUAGCAUCGGCCCCUACAGAAUCCCAACUUGGACGACCCCCCUCAUCCUUGUCUUCAUCAUAAGCUUCAUCGUCCCUAAUGUUAGCUUUAUUGGGCAUUUAUGCGGCGCGGGAAUCGGAUAUCUAUGGGCUCUCGGCUACAUCAAAUUCCUUGUACCCCCAGAAAAGAUCCUCCGCUGGGUCGAAACCAAACUCAACCUCCUCGGUCGCCUCCCACACUACGUAUCCGUCGACCAAAAGACCUACGGCCGAUACGGUGUCUUACCGACUACCGCAGUGGGCUUAGGUUCGAUACCUCGGAGUCCGGAGACGGGACAGCGGCUUGGACCAUAGCAUAGUUAGCUAGUAUCUCAGCUCAUAUGUACAGUAGGAGUUUAUAGGCGUUUGUCCUAAUUGAAGGGUUGGAUUGGAGUGGAAUCUCGCAUUGUGUGGCAUAACUUGGACAUAUUCAUCGUGCGGGUUUAGGCGUUUUCCGAAGAUCUUGGGGAAAAGUUCAGUCGGGGGGGACUUGUUGGGUGUUGGAAUGUAUUCUUAUGGGUAGUGCAGCGUGUAGUCGUUGGCGUGUAUUGUAUGUAGAAGUGCCUUGCAGAAAUUCCC